AUGACGACUGCUGCACGACCUACGUGGGCUCCAGCUAAGGGAGGUAACGAGCAGGGUGGUGCUCGGAUCUUCGGCGCUUCUCAGAAGUAUUCGUCCCGUGAUGUCGCCGCUCACACCACUUUAAAGCCAAGGAGGGAAGGGCAAAACACUCAAGAGGAACUUGAGAAGAAAGAUCUUCGUGAUGAGCUUGAAGAGCGUGAGAGGAAACAUUUCUCAUCCAAAGACAAAUCUUACAGUGAUGAUAGAGACCGCAGGAGAGGAAGUCAGCUAUUACUGGAAGGUUCCAAAAGGGAUCCUGAAGAUCGGAUUAUUCCUCGCAGUGUAGAUGCUGAUGAUUCUGAUGUUGAUGUCAAAAGUGAUGAUGAUAGUGAUGAAGAAAGCGAUGAUGAUGAUGAUGAGGACGACACUGAAGCUCUAAUGGCUGAACUCGACCAGAUAAAGAAAGAAAGAGUGGAGGAGAGGCUCAGGAAGGAAAAAGAGCAGCAGAUGGAAGAGCUAAAUGCUAAGGAAGAGGAACUUCUCAAAGGAAACCCAUUGCUUAAUGCUCCAACUUCGUUUAGUGUCAAAAGGAGGUGGGAUGAUGAUGUGGUAUUCAAGAAUCAGGCUCGUGGUGAAAUGAAAGCACCUAAGCGCUUCAUCAAUGAUACAAUCAGGAAUGACUUCCACAGAAAGUUUCUGCACAGAUACAUGAAGUGA